UAGCGCCAAUUUUUAACUAGGUGAGUGGUUGGUGGAUAGAGUGAAGAGACAUCUAACCUUCCUGAAAAGAAAGAAUCGAGCGCAGAGAGUGUAUUCGGGGGGUUGUUGUGGAACAGCUGUUUUUCGCGAUUGUCGUCGUCGUCGUCAAACAGAAAACAGGAAAAAGAGCGAUGAUGAAUGACGAGAAAUGGGUGCGAUCGCUUCCGUUUUGCAGUGGCACUGCGCUAAAUGCGGCCUAAUUCACCCUGGCGAAUCUUUAAAGUGUUCAAGAUGUGGUUCGACGCGACAGUUUCAUACAAACAAAGAUGGUAAAGAUGGUGGUAACAGCGGUGGCGGUAAUGUUUAUUCCUCCGGGUUUUGUACGGUGAUACGGCGAUACAAGAAUAAUUAUAGGACCAUUAAUAAAAGUUGCGUUCUUCGUGGUAAAGAAGUUUUGAGUGAUACAAAAAAGCUUAGAAAACGUUCGGCAAGUUAUCCUAACCUCAAUUUGAUCAAGAAAUGCAAAAAUUGUCACGAAACGCUUAAAACCACGCCGACGAAUCCCUGUAUAUUAUGUGAAAUAAUGAACGUGCUGUGCAAACACUGUUCAAAUCCAACAACAAGUGCCAUAGAGCAUAGGUGCGAAAGUGAGAAAUUAGGAAAAUUCGUUUUGGAUAGAGGUUAUGUUUCGUUGUCGAAUAUUAAGAGUUUUGGAUGUACGGUGAAAAAUAGUAAAAUUGACGGCGAUUUUCCCAGCAAUAUACGCACAACUGCCAGCGGGAUUUACAAUCCAGAUUCAUCGGCUGAAAAUAUGGCUUUAUCAUGGAAAAAAUCUUGGACUUGCACACGAUGUACACUUUUAAAUAAUCCGGAUUCUAUUGUUUGCGAAGCUUGUGAAACUCCUUUUUCACCGGAUCAAAACAGUAAUUUACACCCAAACGUUAUUAUUAAGGUAAAUAAGAAAUUAUUUAAAAAAAAUAAUUCUAACCUGAAAUUUUUUUAACCAUUUUUCUUUAGAUAUUUAUUUUUACUUUUUCCUGUAUAGAUUAUAAUUUAAGGUGUGAAUAAUUAUGUCCCUGUGAAAUAAGUAUAUUUUUACUGAUUUCUUAUAACUUUCUUGUUAAAUUUUUUUGUUUUUAAAUAUGAAAAUAAAUAUUGAUGUUUA